ACAAAUUGGGCAAGAAGCAUUGCAAUAACUUCAAUAAUUUUACUAAUUUUGUUUUGUUUAUGGCGAAUCCCAAGCGGAUUCAUUCAUCAGCUUCUGCCAGACUAAGGCAGGAUUAUUUAAGAAUCGCCCGAGAUCCAGUACCGUACAUAACAGCCUGCCCUUUGCCUUCAAAUAUYCUCGAAUGGCAUUAUGUUGUACGAGGACCUGAAAACACACCAUAUGAAGGUGGAUUUUAUCAUGGUAAACUAGUCUUUCCCAAAGACUUUCCUUUCAAACCCCCAAGAAUAUUUAUGAUCACACCAAAUGGCAGAUUUAAAGUCAACACAAGGCUGUGUUUGUCAAUAAGUGACUUUCACCCAGACACAUGGAAUCCAGCUUGGUCAGUCUCAACCAUCCUUACUGGACUCUUAAGCUUUAUGAAUGAAACAGCACCAACGCUUGGCAGUGUCGAGACAUCAGAAUAUCAGAAAAGACAGUUUGCAUAUGCUAGUGGUCCAUUUAACCUACAAGACAGAAUAUUUUGUGAAUUAUUCCCUAAUAUUGUGGAAGAAAUCCAAACAAAAAUGAAAGAAAGAGGAGAAUUAACAGACAAGUCAAAACAUAUUUCAUCAUCGCUUCAUUCUGAAAACUCAAGUGGAGGCAACCAUGGCAUCAUGGGAAGCACGUUAGUCAAUCUCUGUGUCUUGCUGGGCUUUGCYGCUUUUGCUUAYACUGUCAAAUGUGUCCUGAGAGCUGUUGAGAACAGCUAAUAUACAAUGACUGGGUCCAAAGAACAUUACAAUUAAUAUCAACACACUACUUCGUUAGUAAGGGAAUAAUAAGAUAACUUGGGUUUGGGUUUCCUGUGUUAGUCGGUAACUACAUGCAACGAUCGUGGUUCUUGGGCUUCUAAUGGAUCUUAAACAGGACGACCAUUUCUAAAGUAAAGACGUGAGUUGUAGAUCUUUAAUGAAAGUCAGAGGAAAAUAGAACAAAACAGCUUAGAUUGGUCUUUUAUGUGCUUUUGUAAUGAAGGAAAAGCACAGGAAUCCCAUUUAUUGAAUAAAAAUAUUACUUAGAACUAGUAAGGAAAUCAACAGAAAGAAUCUMAACAGUUAUCAAUAGCUUCGGGCUUCCUGUGUUAGAUGAACAAGGAAAGAAUGCUGGAAUGUCCUUAGUGAGCCCUACAAUCAUAUAUUCUCAGAACGUUUUCAGUGUACAAACAAGUUUACCUUAGAGUUAGAUAAUAUUGCUGUUUUUUGUUUUUAUUGCAAAGCUGAAUUCUAGCAGACAGCAUUGUCCUUUUCUGAAAUACAAAAUCAUGGUGCAUUGUGGUCUAGCUUCAGGGUAAACAACGMCAUAUUAUUGGCUACAUUAACAAAUUAAAGAGCCGUUUGACCGAAUCUAGACCAUAAUGCAACGCGUUAUGCUAUAUCAAUACAGCGCUUUUUAUCGCCUUGAAAAUAAUCCCAGAAUGCUUUAUUUAUAGAAGAGGCCAAAAGUGCUUUUAAAAACACAAUGGAAACACAAAUUUAGCAAAUAGUCUCCUUCACAGUUGCCURCGCCAUCUUGAAAGGUAGCCAUCCCGUUGCAUCGUAGCGAGACGACCGUAGUUGAGCGUGCAAUGAUAGAAACCCUCUUUCACACMUACAGACAAUUMUUCCCAGGUAUCUAUCAUUGCAUGCKCAAUGGUUGUCUCGCUUCGAUGUAAAGGCACGGCUACCUUUCAAGAUGGCGCAGRUAACCGUGAAGGAGRCUAUUGAAAAAUACAAGGGCUUCAUGGUUGGUCACAUGUAUUGUACAGUAGAAAAUGGCUUCUCAACAUGUUGACUUUGCCGAACAGCAGCUAAUUCAUUAGUUCCUUUUUUGAUGUAGAAAUUAUUUUCUUCUUGCUUGCAACCGCUGACAGCCAAUAUCGGAGUUUCAGGUACAAAUAAGAAGCUCACAAAUAUAUCWAAAGUUCAUUAUAUAAUAAAUAUUUCACUGACUCAAAA